UUACAAAAUAUAUCAAGUUAGGUAACCAGCAGGUUCAUGCGAUAAAUGGCUUGGAUUGGUCUGAAGUAUUGAGCUACUCUUACAUACGACACACUGCGUUUCGGAGAGUUUGAGGAUUUCCCCGAGACUGCAGAGCCAGUGUGGAUUUUGGGGAGGGAGUUCAGUGCACUAACAGAAAGAACUUUCAGCCCAUUGUGUCACUGGAUUCUUGAUUAAGAAUUGCAGCACUUUACAACCGCCUCCUCUAAGGAGGAACGGGGCCCACAUCUGACACUGGCUGGGGCUGCAUGCUACGAUGUGGGCAGAUGAUCUUAGCCGAGGCCCUGGUCUGCAGGCACCUAGGCCGAGACUGGAGGUGGGUAAAAGGACAGAGACAGAGAGAAGAGUACUUCAGCAUCCUCAACGCUUUCAUCGACAAGAAAGACAGCUACUACUCCAUACAUCAGAUUGCUCAGAUGGGUGUUGGAGAGGGAAAAUCCAUUGGCCAAUGGUAUGGACCAAACACAGUGGCACAGGUCCUCAAGAAGCUAUCUGUGUUUGACACUUGGAGCCGAUUAGCUGUGCAUGUUGCCAUGGACAACACAGUGGUCAUUGAGGAAAUCAAGCGGCUGUGCAUGCCCUGGCUGGACUUCGCGGGGGCAGCCUGUGUGGAGGUGGGACAGGAGCUGAAUGGCUGUCUCGAGGGGGCCUGCGCUCUGGCAGAGGAGGAGACGGCACUCUGGAGGCCCCUUGUGCUGCUCAUCCCCCUACGGCUGGGUUUGAGCGACAUCAACGAGGCCUACAUUGAGACAUUGAAGCAAUGCUUCAUGCUGCCUCAGUCUCUAGGAGUCAUUGGAGGAAAACCCAAUAGUGCACAUUACUUCAUUGGCUUUGUGGGAGAGGAGCUCAUUUAUCUGGACCCCCACACCACUCAGCCUGCAGUGGAGCCGUGUGAUGAUGGCCAGGUCCCUGAUGACACCUACCACUGCCAGCACCCACCCUGCCGCAUGCAUAUCUGCGAACUGGACCCCUCCAUUGCAGUGGGCUUCUUCUGCAGAACAGAAGAUGACUUUGAUGACUGGUGCCUGCGCAUUCGAAAGUUGUCCUGCAGCAGAGAAGGGCUGCCCAUGUUUGAGCUGGUGGACAGUCAGCCAUCGCACCUCAUCAAUGCUGAUGUGCUCAAUCUCACUCCAGAUUUCUCGGACUCAGACCGGCUGGAGCGGUUCUUUGACUCAGAGGACGAGGAAUUUGAGAUCCUGUCCCUCUGAGGGAGAGCAGCAGUACAUCCUGUGGCACAGUAGAGGGCCACUUUCAGCAGUGGAGGGGUAAAGGCGAUUAUCUCACACCCGUGGCGUAGUCAUCCAGCCUCACCUUCAGAACAGCUUCCUCCAGCUGGCUACAGACUCUGCGUAUAUGUCCACUAUCAAGACUUUUAAUUUCCUGACAGAAGUUGUUGGGGAAUUAACAUUGCCUUUUAGGUUAAUUUUUAUUGUAUUAAGUUUACAAUUUGCACAUUAUAUAUUCUGUUUUUAUUUUCUAUUAAAAAGAACAAAAGAGUUGCACUCUGUGUCUUGUUGGUGUGAAUCCAGCAGCACUGUAUCCCAUUAAAAUGUCCUGUAACAGCAGUAUCCUGUGGAGCCAGUGCCUUAGCAGUCAUGGCAGAGGUCCAAAGCAAAAAAACCAUGUUCACACAAGUGUUAUUUUUAGCUCUUUAGAAUGAGUAUUUGAGGUGGUGGUUUUAAAAGCUGAAUUAGCAUGACUGUCCUCUGCAAUAACUGUUAUCAGGCAACGGAUUCAUCCCUUAACAGUUUACUUUUGCCAUGACUUACUUUGUUGAUAAUACAGGUCUGUAUUGACAAAAUCAAAUGUAAAAUUUGGUUGACGAUUGCAGUCAGUAUAUUGUUAGGUAUGAAUGACUGUAGCAGACAGGUGUAGGAUAUCUUGUUAAUCAAAGUUUGAG